UUCUCAAAUCACAGUUACGUUAACGAUGGCAGAGGAGGGACAAGAUCCGUUUGGUAGGAUCCUGGAAUGCUGCAAGCUCACAGAGUCGCAGCAGGCGAAGCUCCUCAUUUGCGCGGGAUUCCGAGAAUGUUACGGUCACGGACUCGAUUCCCCUAAGCCAGUUUUCCUCCAUGACGCAGUCUGAAGACGAUCACAUCGUCGUAGUUACGGCGCCCGAAAGCCAGAUCUCAGCCGGCGAAUCGAUUUUAGAAGUGAAUUCAGUCUUCCACACCCCGCCGGAACAUCACUCCCGCUCUCACCUCUCCUCCUCCGAGGACCAAAACCCUAAUGUGGAUGAUAGAAGGAGGCAGGUAUUGGAUGAUGAACCGGAGAGCAAGAGAAUUAGAGCGGUUUCUGGAGAUAGCAAAACCGAGAUCGAGGAUGAUGAUGGUGUUCAUACCACUGAGGUUAUUGAUUUAAGUGAUUCUGAAAUUGGAGGUGAGAAUUGUGAUUCAAGUGGGAGAUUGAAGGGGAAAGCUGUUGAAGAAUGUGCAGAGAUGCCUAAAGAUGGAGGUGAAGGAAUAGAGGAGGAUAACGAUGUUGUUGAGGUGGUUGGACUGUUUGGGAUGGUGGAUAAACUCACGGCCAUUUUUGGAUUUCCAGGUGCUGGUGAGCAUGUAGACUUUCUUGAGACAGCCAAGGAGAAUGGUAUGGUGUUUCCCAACCCAAUCCUAAAUUUCUAAUCCUUUUAUCUUAACUUUUGCAGCCACCUUCUGAUUAUGUAUUUUGAUGAUGAUAUGUACAAAGUCAGUGUCUGUUUUGGCGGCAAAAUCUUGGCUUCCAUCCAUCAUUGUAUAACCUUAACCUGGUUUGAGAUGGAUGAGUUGAUUAGUUGUAAUCAAGUUUGACAUGCAGCGACUUUAAUGUGAUGUGUACGGCUAAGGAGUUCUGGAGUUGUUCCGUUGGAGAUGGGAGCAGCGAAAUGAGGUUGUCCAAAUAUGUUUUGACACAAGUUCGAGUGGAUUUGUAGAAAAUGAGGUGAUGAAGUUGGGGUUGAUUUUUAAAUCGGAUACGCUGUCACAUGUCUGAGGUUGUUCAAGUUCUUGAAUCUAUAAGGAAUAGCUCUGGUUCAUGAUCAGAAGCUUUGCUUUGCUAGUAUGCCUCUCGCACGUCCUGCUCCACAUUUCACAUCCAGUGAGAGUGCAUUGGGCUGUGAAGAC